AUGGAGGAUGAGAAUGAAACUACAUCUGAGCGUUCUGAGGCUGAAUUCAAGGAUGAAAAAAGUGAAUGUAAAGAUGGAUGGCAAGAUCAAGAUAAAUUGGAAUGUGAAGAAGAAUGGGUUGUUUUUCAGGAAGAAAGUGGAAGCGACAUUUCGAAGAAAGAAAUGGAGAAAGAAAGAAUUUCCAAGGAGAGAGUGAAAGCGUCCGGCCCAUACUUCAUCUGUCUUAGAUUAGAUAUGGGUUUAGAAAACCUAGAACUUGAGAAAGCAGCUUGUUUUCACAAUUGUGGCUGUAACUGA